CGGCUCUUCCGGAGAAGUAAACGGCAAAAAAAAGUAAAGUGAUACUCAUAAAAAUGCUACUCUGGCUAAGACAGCAAAUUAAUUUGAUUUGUUUUAAAAUAUGUUUAGCAUUUGAUGUACGUUUUUUUUAAUGCCGAAUUGUUAACAAAUGUUACAGUAACGAAUCUCAGUGGAGUUUAAUGCCUGUGAGAAGACAAUAACAUGAUGCAUUCAUGGAACGUGACAACCAAGUAAACGGCACAUAAAACUACAAGUACACACACAGGCCGACAGUAAACUUCCUCUUCCUUCUCCUGCUGUUUUUUAUGCUCCACCCACACACACACACACACACACACACACACACACACUGAGAAGACCGAAACAGAGCAGUUUUAUCAGACAGGACCACUGAUGAGCGGGGCCGGACGAUGGGACGUAAUAAGUCUCUGAAGAAUUAAUCCAAUCCAAUCAGGCGGAAGGUUUCUGAAGGAGUCAAAGGUCAUCAUGCAAACCAUAAAGUGUGUGGUUGUAGGCGACGGCGCCGUGGGAAAGACUUGCCUCCUCAUUUCCUACACCACCGGAGCCUUUCCCAAAGAGUACAUCCCCACCGUGUUCGACAACUACAGCAGCCAGAUAACAGUGGACAACAGAAUCAUCAGUCUAAACCUGUGGGACACGGCGGGCCAAGAGGAGUACGACCGGCUGAGGACGCUGUCAUACCCUCAAACCAACGUUUUCAUCAUCUGCUUCUCCAUCUCAAGCCCCGCCUCCUACGAGAAUGUCAAACACAAAUGGCAUCCUGAGGUGUCACAUCACUGCCCCGGCAUCCCCAUCCUCUUGGUGGGCACCAAGAGCGACCUCCGAAACGACGCCGAGAUCCAGAGAAAGCUGAAGGAGCAGAACCAGACGCCCAUCACUCAUCACCAGGGCUCCGCCCUCGCCCGGCAGAUUCACGCCGUCCGCUACCUGGAAUGCUCCGCCCUCAACCAGGACGGCAUUAAGGACGUGUUCACUGAAGCCGUCAGGGCGUUUCUCAACCCCGAGCCUGUCAUCAGCAAGAAGCCUUGCGUGCUGCUCUAGGACCCAAACGGGGGCUUUUAGUGCUUGACAGACUUGAUUUUAGAAGUUGGAAAAAUGGCAUCAUUUUCUUCACCUGCUUUGAUGGGAUUAAAACUGAAAGAUGACAAUA